AGGUUAGGUUAUAUUUAAAACUACUUCACCUGAAACUGAUAACUCGUGUGCCUCUACGGGACGUGAUAUUUAUGAGGUUGGAUUACAGUUACAGGCACAUUCAGCUGAUGUUUACCACGGCACCGUGUUUUGGUGCAGCACAGCGGUGCGUCACAGCCAUAGACAGCCAGCCCCUGAGUUCAUGAUGGAAAAUCAACCAAUGAAGUCAGGGCUCGCUGCUGCCGGGGCGGACCCAGCUUGCAAGUCUCUAUUCCUGCACAGUGCCUGUCUUCCUGGUCGGCUAUGUCAGUUUUUUCCAACGGUGUUACACAACCUGAUCCUCAUGCAAAAUAGAAACACGUGCUUUUAGGCGGUGGCGCAAAAGAAACUUAAUUUCCAGGACAAGGAGUGUAUGGUUCUUAAAUGUAGACUGUGGAGUGAUUACAGGCGAUAUGAUUAUUCUCAGUGGACGUGUGUUUGCCUUUCAGAGAAAACAAUGAAGCGAACAUGAGAAGGACUGAUGGCUUCUCCAACAGUGAGCUCUCUCUGGAAGCUAGAAGCAGACACAGACCUCUGACUGAGAUGCUCCAUCUGUUGUCGGCUGUCAUUGUGUGGCUGGUGACCGGGAGCACUAUAUCCAGCCUCAACAAAUGGAUAUUUGCUGUGUACAACUUCAGGUACCCUCUGCUCCUUUCAGCGCUGCACAUGCUAACAGCCAUAGUGGUGGACUAUGUACUGAUCAAACUGAGAAUAAUUCACCACAGAAGAGCUGGGGAACAGGAACUGACUACAAAUGCCAAAUGCAAAGUAUUCCUCUUGAGUCUAACUUUCUGUGCUAGCAUCGCCUUUGGAAACAUGGGUCUGACUUACGUUCAGCUCUCCUUUGCACAAAUGAUAUACACCACCACUCCUCUGUUCACCCUGGCUAUAUCCACCUUUAUUCUGGGGAAACAGCACCAUAUCAUCAAGUACACUGCUAUGAUGCCCAUCUGUUUGGGAGCUUCAUUCAGCAUUAUGGGAGAAGUCCAGUUUGACCAAACUGGAUGCAUUUUUGUCUUUGCGGCAACCAUGUUACGAGGUGUCAAGUCAAUUCAGCAGAGCAUCCUGCUUCAAGAAGAGAAGAUCAACUCCAUGUUUCUGCUCUACCUUAUGGCCAUCCCCAGCUUUUGCAUCCUGGCGGUGGCUGCUCUGGCGCUGGAGAACUGGGCGCAGCUAGAGUCCCCUCUGCACUAUGACAAACACUUGUGGAUGUUCAUUCUCCUGAGCUGCAUGGGCUCAGUGCUGUACAAUCUGGCCAGUAACUGUGUCAUCACUCUCACCUCUGCUGUCACGCUGCAUGUCCUGGGGAACUUGAAUGUGGUGGGGAACCUGCUGCUGUCCCAGCUGCUGUUUGGCUGUGAGCUUUCUGCCCUGAGCUGUGUGGGUGCAGUGCUCACCCUGUCAGGCAUGCUCAUCUAUCAGAACUCUGAGUUUAUCAUAAGAUACCUGGACGCUCGCGGCGCUAAAGAGAAAGCAUCUAGACCUGUUCUCUACAAAUCUCUCCACCAUGAGAACACCACCAAUGUGUAUGACCAGCAGUCACUGUAUGACCAGCAGAGGAUAGAGUGUAAACUGCAAGACAAAGUAGACUGAUGCUGAAGAUAAGGAGCAUCAAUGUGAACUAUGAAGAAACACCUGCAAACAGUCCUGAGAUAAUAUUCUUAUCUGUGUUCAGUUCUCUUCUAUUCUAACAUUUUUUUUCUGCAUUCAUAUGAUGCUGGAUUCAACAUUCAUCAUUUCAAUACUUAGAGAUAAAAACUCCUCAAGAAAUUCGAAUUGUUUAACAAUUUGAUGUCAAGUGUAAAAGUGACAUUGGCAAAAAUGUGGUGUUAGUGUUAAUGUGUUAAAUAUUUACCUUUUUUUGGUACAUACGGUUUGCACAACCCAAGCAGCAUGUGAAUGCACCUUUUUUAUCUGUUAUUUUUGGCUGUCACAUUCAAAUAGUGUGGACAAAGAUGGUGUUGAUUUGAUUAGUUUCAUAAUAAUCUCUCCUUACUCUUCACAUGGUUAAUAAUAAUGCUAUUUGCAUGCAUGGGUACACUAAAAACUAAUAAGGUAUUCAUACGGACACUACCCCACUGUGAAAGUUUUCUGAGGGCUCUUGAUUUUUUACAUGGAUAAUUAAAGCAGCAGGUAGAGAGCAGGCACAGAUAGCAUUGAACUCAUUAUCAAUGGGUACAAUAUUAAUCAGAGACUAAUGAAUAUAUUCUUUGUGUGUCAAAACACUGUUACCUGAUGUAGGAAGGCUCUUCUCUAGUCACCUCUUGGCAGCUUUUACUUUGAGUGUGAAGGGCAAACCUUGUUACAUACAGUUUCUGUUGUCAUUUUAUUCCUGUACCAGAACUUGAGGUAAAGAUUUGUUCAUCUAAAGCACACAUGGCAGGAUUCUUUGAUCUGAAAAUGGCCCUAAGCUAAUAAGCUAAGUUAGAUUCCCCAAAUAAGACCUCCAUUCUGUUCAGUCAGUCCCUCAUCAGGUCUCUAUGGAAUAACUCCAAUUACUUUUUACAUGCACUGCAACUGUGCCAUCAUAAUUUGAUUCAUGGAUCUCUAAGGAGUCACACUCCCCGACGGAGGUGCUCAUUGGAAAAAACAUUGCUAUUUUAAAAUCUUGUUUUGGUUUCAUUUUUUAGAAGUUGAGACUUCUGACACUUAAAAUACAUUUGUUUUACUUUGCAUCAAAUCGCUUUUUAUUUUUGUACUAAAUCUAUAUUAGUUAAAACCUCUCUCCCCAUCCAAGUGACCUACUUUCUGAACUUGCCAAACAUUAGUGUUGUUUUGUGUCAGUAUUUCUGAAUUACAUUGCUUUUGCAAAAGGGAUAUUUUGCCCUCUAAUACUUUAACAUUAUAUUAUAAUAUUUAUUUUACAUUAUUUAUUUUGGAAUGUGUGGCUUGCUACUGCUGUAGAUGAGUUUGUGAAAGGUCUAGCACAUGAUGUAUGUUUUUUAAUAGCACACCUCUAUUUUGGUGAGGUCAGGGUGGUGCAGACACUGACCCAAGAAUCCUCAACUUCCCUGAUGUGUGAAUGGUAUGCCAAAUAUUUACCUAGAAAGCAAUCACUUAAUCACUUAAUCACCACACUAAGCCAUACAUCACAGGUUUAAACAUUUUUACUUGUUCAGCAGUGCCAUUCAUAUUUACAAUUUGAGUCAUGUCAUGUUUCAUUGUUGGAUAAAUGUGAGCGCUAUGAAUAUAUAUAGUUUUUGUUUUUGUUGUUUGCUUUUGUUUUUAUUUUAAUUUAACAGUCUGUUUAACAUCAUGUUUAUGCCAUGAGAAAAUAAUACCUCAUUUGUCAGGGAGGGUAUGUUCUGCCUUUUAUUUAAAGACAGUUAGAAAAGGCAGCUUUGACCAAAACAAAGCAGUUGUACUGAGUCAAAGUUGCUUGUUCUUUCAGUUGCUAAAUGCCAAGUUGGUUUGGAAUGACAGGCAGAGCAGCUGUUGCACUAAAAAUGUACAACAACAAUGCCUCCAGAGCUGGUAUUCCUUGUACUUGCUGGUUUGUUUUGUUGGUUGUUUGAUGUAAUUAAUAUUUAUGUAUUUUGUAGCUGGGGGGGGGGGGGUCUAAACUGAGGCAUUUGCCUCAUGCCUUACUGUAUGUGAACCUCCUGUAAGAAAGAAUUUUGCUUUUUUUCUGUCAAAUUGUGGUCACAAGUUUGGAUUCAAAAGUGUUGCUAUGAGUUGUAAAAUGGAAAAUUGACAGAAAAACUUGAGUUGAGUCAAUUCAAAAUAUAUAUAAUUUAACAACA